UCAGAAGUUUCACCUCGGUCUCUUGUUCCCGCAGGAAACAUUUGUCGCUCUCCGAUAGCUGAAGCAGUUUUUAGAAAACUCGUCACUGAUGAGAAGGUUGAUCAUAAGUGGAGGAUAGACAGUGCAGCGACAUCUGCCUAUGAAGUGGGAAGCCCUCCCAACUAUCGAGGACAGAAUUGCAUGAAGAAGCAUGGCAUUCCCAUGAAUCAUAUUGCCAGGCAG